GAGGGAGGGAAAGAGGGAAGGAAGGAAGCUGGGAAGGAGCGAGCGGGGGCGCGAGGCGUUUACCUGGAGGCAGCGGCUUGGGCGCGCAGAGCGGCCGCGGCUCCCCCGCACCUGCGGCCAUGGAUGAGGAGCGCGCCCUCUACAUCGUCCGGGCCGGCGAAGCAGGGGCUAUCGAGCGGGUCCUGAGGGAUUACAGCGACAAGCAUAGGGCUACUUUCAAAUUUGAAUCAACAGAUGAAGAUAAGAGAAAGAAACUCUGUGAAGGCAUAUUUAAAGUCCUUAUAAAGGACAUCCCAACAACAUGUCAAGUGUCCUGCCUGGAAGUACUCCGCAUUCUCUCCAGAGACAAAAAGGUUUUAGUUCCUGUAACAACUAAGGAAAAUAUGCAGAUACUGCUGCGACUAGCCAAGCUAAAUGAGUUAGAUGAUUCUUUGGAGAAAGUAUCAGAGUUCCCAGUUAUUGUGGAGUCAUUAAAAUGUCUGUGUAAUAUAGUGUUCAACAGUCAGAUGGCACAGCAGCUCAGCCUGGAACUUAAUCUUGCUGCAAAGCUCUGUAACCUCCUGAGAAAGUGCAAGGACCGGAAAUUUAUCAAUGACAUUAAGUGCUUUGACUUGCGCUUGCUCUUCCUUCUGUCACUUUUGCACACCGACAUCAGGUCACAAUUGCGCUAUGAGCUCCAGGGACUACCGCUGCUGACGCAGAUCUUGGAAAGUGCCUUUAGCAUCAAGUGGACCGAUGAGUAUGAAUCGGCCAUAGACCAUAAUGGACCUCCUCUCUCACCUCAGGAGACAGACUGUGCCAUUGAGGCCCUCAAAGCUCUCUUCAAUGUGACGGUAGACAGUUGGAAGGUGCAUAAAGAGAGUGAUUCUCAUCAGUUCCGUGUAAUGGCAGCUGUCCUUCGUCAUUGUUUACUAAUCGUAGGUCCAACUGAAGACAAAACAGAAGAGCUACACAGCAAUGCAGUCAACCUUUUAAGCAAUGUUCCGGUCUCUUGUUUGGAUGUUCUCAUUUGUCCGUUAACCCAUGAAGAAACAGCCCAAGAGGCAACGACUCUAGAUGAACUGCCCAGUAAUAAAACAGCUGAGAAAGAAACAGUUUUGAAAAACAAUACCAUGGUAUACAAUGGUAUGAAUAUGGAGGCCAUUCAUGUUUUACUCAAUUUUAUGGAGAAGAGAAUAGACAAGGGAAGCAGCUAUAGAGAGGGUCUAACUCCAGUUCUCAGCUUAUUAACCGAAUGUUCCCGAGCCCAUCGAAACAUCCGAAAAUUUCUCAAAGAUCAGGUUUUACCACCGUUGAGGGAUGUGACAAAUCGACCUGAAGUUGGCUCAACUGUGAGAAAUAAGCUGGUGCGCCUCAUGACACAUGUUGACCUUGGAGUCAAGCAAAUUGCUGCUGAAUUCCUUUUUGUCCUUUGCAAAGAGAGAGUGGAUAGUCUGCUGAAAUACACUGGCUAUGGGAAUGCUGCAGGACUGUUGGCGGCCAGGGGCCUCUUGGCUGGAGGAAGAGGAGAUAAUUGGUACUCAGAGGAUGAGGACACAGACACUGAAGAAUACAAAAAUGCAAAACCAAACAUUAAUCUUAUCACUGGUCAUUUAGAGGAACCAAUGCCAAACCCCAUAGAUGAAAUGACAGAAGAACAAAAAGAAUAUGAAGCCAUGAAACUUGUCAACAUGCUUGAUAAACUUUCCAGGAGAGCAGAUGUGAAGGACCUGCACCAGGAUGGUGGUUAGCAACAGUGGCCCGUGCCAAAGCACUUACCAAAGUGAUGAUGACUAAGGUUGGUCAUGCCAAGUACCGUUACUGAGCCUGGUGUAGGGUAUAGAUGUUAUUCACUACCAAAAUUGUAAAACCACCAAUGUAAAAGUUAAAAUUACAUUUCUAUUUUGCCUCCAUGCUGGACAUAGCCGCUGCCUCAAGGAGCUCAUCACCUUAGCAGCUUUCUCUCAACUAGAUUUCCAAAGAUAUUGGAGAGAUUAGUGCUCAGAUAUUUUCUUCCCAUUGAAUACCAGCUGACUUAAGAGUAUUCCAAGUGAUUUUUUUUUUAGUGUAAGGAUUAUAUUUGUGAUAGAUGUAGAUAAGGUGAUUGGCAGUGCACCUGGAGGUCUAAAGAGCUGGAAAAGAAUCUGAACCCUAUAAAUCCCAUUAUGUCUAGCUAGUACAGUGCCUUGUACCCUGUGGUUUCCACAGUAUGUGAUGAUGAAAUAAUGAAAAUAGCUGAUCCCCAAAUUUGAAGGGCAGUUUUUUGCUUUAAAAUACCUACAUGGCUUAAGACUUUAAAGUAUCCUCUGUCAGUUCCAUUUUUUGGCCAGAUGUCAUAAAAUUCAGGGCCAGAAAGGAAUUCCAUAAAGUACUUUGAGCCAUGACUGGCUUAUUUAAAUAUUGGGGUCCAUAAUUCCUUUAAUAUAGAAUGAUCACUGUAAUAUUUAUCAAAUAUGAACAUUUAAGGCCUGAGGCAUGAAAUUAUAGAAAGCCUCAUUUGACAUUUUUAAUGUGAGGGCAGAGAUGGAAAAGCGGAUGAAAUUUGCCUGCCUCUUCACCUCCUCUUUCCUUCCCUGACUUCGGAAAAAAUAAGCCCCUGCAGCUCAAGCAGGAGAUCUGAAUGGGAAUUGUGUAGUAAAAGCAAGCCCACUGUGCCUAAUACAAUUUCAUUUGCCUUAGCUAUUGCACACAACUUGUAUAUAAUAGUGGUGCCUCCUCUAGAAAAGGGGAGAGAGCAUUGACUGGCUUAAGCUUAAACUAACCAAGGGAAAUAAUAUUUCAAGUUACAGUUUUGUUUUGACUUCUCUAAUCCCCUUUAGUUUCUAAAUUGGAACCAGAGCUAAUUAAUCCUCUACUCACCCUUACCCCAUCACUGUCUAACAAGAUACAUUGCCUUUUUGCUUAUAUAUUCUGCCAUCAAAAUCUAUGUUUUAAAAUUUAUAUUUAUAUAAAUUAAAGAUAAUUGUUCUACCAUUUCUUCCUUUUCUUACUCCUUAGCCAAUAAGUGUUUUGUUUUCUUUUUUGUUGUUGUUGCCAGUCAUUGUGUACUAUUUGGAACAUGACUUCUAUAAUAAAUGCAGGCACCAGAUAUAGGAUUAGUUCCCUUUAAUCAAAAGAUUAAUUUUAAACUGACUAAGGCUGAGAUAGGUAGUUUAUAACUGAAAAAUAACAAAUACAUAGUUUUUUCUUAUAAAUAAGUUAUUUUACUCUCCUUACAAAAAUAUCAACGACUGUGAUUAUACCUACCUUUGUGAUAAGUUAGUUAAGGAAAUGCUUUUCAGGUACAUUUCAUAAACAUGAUCUAAUUUUUAGAGCAUUUUAAGAUCUAUUAUAGAUAUGAAAAUAAAAAGAUCUUGUUUUCAUCAGAAAAUUCUUUAGACUACCCUGUCCAGUAUGGUAACCACAGCUAUAUAUGACUAUUGAGCACUUGAAAUGUGGUUAGUCCAAACUGGGAUGUCCUAUCAGUGUAAAAUACUCACUAGAUUUCAGAGACUUGGCACAAAAAAGUAAAAUAUUAUUUGUUUAAUAUAGAUUACAUAUGGAAAUGAUAAUAUUUCUGAUACAUUGGGUUAAAAUAUUAAAAUUAAUUUUACCUAUUCUUUUUCAAUGUGGCUACUAGAACAUUUAAGAGUACAUACAUUUGGCUUACAUUGUGGCUUACAUUAUAUUUUUAUUAGACAGUGCUGUUCUACCUCAUUAAAAUAUACUGUAAGGUUGCUUGGAAAUUGAAUUAAGAGGACUUGGAUCCAGCUAAAUUAAACACCUUAAGGUGUCAGGGGAGGAUUAACUUGAGAAGCUUGAUAUUAUCUAUCCUUAGGUUAUAUAGGACCUUUCCAGUAGCUAGACACCUUUAAGUAGGACGUCAUGCUACCUUUGUAUUGCCUAUCUGUAGUCAUUGUUCUUUAGAUCUGUAGUGGGAAUAACUACUUUGAGCUCUUGGUUAAAGUACUCUCUGAAAUGGUUUUUGACUAGUAGAGGAACAUCAAAUAAGAAUCAUCUCCACUGACUGUUUGUUCUCUUAGUUCUCCUCAUUCUUUAAGUCUUCCUUAUUGGGAAGAGCGUUAAGAACUUCUGUUUCUACUACUUUAUUUCUACAGUGUCAGUUGGCAUGCUGACCUCUUAUUAAUAUUUAUUUUGUUAAUUUGGACAACAGAUAAGAAAAAUUCUGUAAAUAAAUUACCAAGAAAUAAUUUUUUAAACCACUUCAAGAUAAAACUGCACUUUAUUCUUCUAGUACUAUACCUGAUCUCUUUUUCUGUAUAUUUUCUUAACCAUGCUGUUUACUGUGGGUAAAUUAGGUGGGUAGCAGAUUUUUAGAAGCUUUGCAUGUGAUCUAACAGAAAUGUGAACAGUGAUUAAAAAAAAACUAAUAUUUAUAUAGUGCUUUAAGGUUUAAAAAAUGCUUCCAUAUACGUUAUCUCCAUUGAUUAUUAAAACAGCCCUGUGAAUUAAAUAGCAUCAGGUAUUUUUUUAAGGAUUAAAUGCACCAAAGAUUAAGUAACUAACCCAAGUCCAGUUUUCAGUCUUGAGACUCCAGAUUGUGUGCUAUUGUGAGAAAUUACCAACAGCUCUCAAAAGUUGUCUGAUUAUUUUUAAAUAAGACAUUCUAAAUUUUAAAUAAAUGAAAAGCACGAAAGACAGAUAAUAAGCAUAUUUACUUUAGAAGAGAACUAAGAUUUAGAGGACAUGCAUUACUGCUUUUUCAUUCCACAGUUGAGCUCUUCGUAGGUAUCAGGUCAAAUACUAAAUAAAUAGCUUAUAUUUUAAAACACAAAACAAAGCAAAGCUUUUUGAAGGGAACAAGUAAAAUUUCUAUGAUUCUAUGUUAAUACAAGGUUUUUAAAUUGUUUUAAAAAGAGAAUGAUUAUGGCUCUUCUGACAAAUUUUCAUACAUGUGAUCACAUUAAUAAAACCUAACUUAAAAAAGGCUUCCCUAUGGGACUAUUUACCAAAGUUGCUCAACCCGCAGCCCAGGACGCUUUUGAAUGCGGCCCAACACAAGUUAAUAAACUUUCUUAAAACAUUAUGAGAUGUUUUUGCAAUUUUUUUUAAGCUCACCAGCCAUCAUUAGUGUUAUGUGUAUUUUAUGUGACGCAAGACAAUUCUUCUUCCAGUGUGGCCCAGGAAAGCCAAACAAUUGGACAUCCCUGGUUUAGACAAUUCCCAAUUACCUUUAUAAAGUGGAAAGACAUGGUGAUGUGGGGACUGUACACCAUAUCAAUUUGUCUUGGGUAACAAUAUUUUUAUGUUGCAUAUUUUACUUUCCCAAUUGUACCCAAUCCCAAAGCACAAUGAUGAGGGCUGAGGGAAGGAUCUCAGAAUCCUUUCAAAGAUGUAGCCUAGACCUCAAAUUUGCUAUGGAAAAGCUACCAUACCACUCAUUCCUACCGAGUUAGUGGCUUAAUGAAAGAUCGGUGUAACCAGUCAGCUCUGGGAAGUCAUUAGAUGAAAGAUGAAGGAUCAGGGUUCAAGCCUAAAGGACACUUUCACAGUAUCUAACUGAACAUGUUUACCAGUCCAAAGGUUAUAAUAUUAUUGCUGUGAGAAAAAAAGAGGUGAAAACAUUUAUAAGAAUAUCACAAGUUAUUGGGAAACCCGUUAUACUUCAGUGGAUUAUGAACUAUCCAGUGAUACUGAAAUCUUGAUAUAAGAUGCACGCCCAGACUUUAAAAGAACUACAGAGCUUCCUUCUCAGGGCUAUCACAGGCUCCAUCCAUUUUAACAGGCAUUUUUUGAAAAGCUCUAUGUUAAUUAAAAUGCUUUAUUUAUAUACUAAUUUCUCAUCCCAUCUUUCAAAUGUGAAAAGGAAUUAAAUAUGAAAUGGCUAAUUUAAACUGUCAGGAUUCUUUUUUCCAAGUCAACCUUACAUUAAGAGCAGGAAUCCUGUGCUUAAGAAAUGGUUCCCAAUUAUCCUGUCUUGGGUUUUGUUAUACAUUGUACAGAAGUCAACAAAACAAGUAUGUAACAGAACCUGCCUAAAUAGCAGCCGCCCUCAUUAAAAACAGAGAAUUAAUCAGGGGGUGAUUGAAGGAAGCAAUGCCUCAUAUGUUUCCCCCCCUUUUCUUCUUUUCUAAUCAUAGAACAAAAUAUGUUACAUAAAAGGAUCGGAACUAUUAUGCAGUACUCAAUUAGAGGGAGGUGAAUAGGUCUCUAACAUGCUGUUUUAUCAAAAGAGCAGACUGGUGUUUGCAUGACUGUUGUUUCA